AUGGCGUGGGGAUCAUCGUGUUCAAGAUGCCCUGAAAGAACUUCUGAUGAUUACAGAUUUUUAUGUCAAGAUGUUAGGCCGCGAAUGCGCCCACCUCCUCGAAGAAUAUCGGCAGCAAAAGAGAAAACGGUCGAGGUCAAUGAAGUCGGUGGAUUUCACGAACAGGAAUGUGGAAUACCUGGCGGAUGUAAGAAUGGAAAAUGUUUAAGAACUGAAGAUGGAUAUACUUGUGAUUGCGAUGAUGGAUUCAUACUUGAUCCAGACUUGAUGGUUUGUUCGGAUGUUGAUGAGUGCAAAGAUUUUCGACACAUCUGUUUAAAUGGAAUUUGUAUUAAUCAACCUGGUUCCUUCAAGUGUGUUUGUCGGCCUGGUUUCGAAGCAUCAAACGAUGACUCCACAAUCUGCAAAGAGGUCGAGCCCACUUCAUUUCUAACGGAUUUAAUUGAUCCACUGGACAAAAUUCAAUUGCCCGCAACAUAA